CCAAAGUGUUCUGAAGUAUUUUUACCACAGCUGUUAAAAUUUCUUUUCUUUGAUCAUGAGACUACUAACUCAUAACAUGCUAAAAUCCCACGUCAAAGGGGUCAAGAAUGGAUUUCCCUUGUCUAUAGAGCCAGAAAAUGUUGUUGUAAAUACUGUGGAUUUCAACCCAGAGUUUGUCAGUCGAAUGAUUCCUAAGCUAGAAUGGGGAGCGCUUGUACAAGCUGCUCAUCAGAUUGGUCAUGGACAAGAUCUACCUGAAGCAGUAAUAUCAGAUUACGAAAGCAAUGAAGAUUUUCUCAAAAAAGCACAUCAUGUCCUCCUUGAGGUUGAAGUACAGGAAGGAAAUCUAGUGUGCCCUGAAUCAGGGCGAAAGUUUCCAGUCAAAAAUGGUAUCCCGAACAUGCUUCUAAAUGAUGAUGAAGUCUAGCUACACUAACAAAGAAUCAUUUAUAAACAAUUUAUGAAAGAGACAGUGCAAGUACAUACAUGUAAAAGCAUACAACAGUAACAUAGAGCAGUUUUCAUAUGACUGUGAAAAGCUCAGUGCCGUAAGCAUGACAUGCCUUGACCGUGAUGCUUUCUAGAAUUUUAAUGUGAUUGAUCAAGCGCAAUGUGAUUGGCCUGACAGUACCGUGACCUUGGCGUGACUGUGUCCGCACUGUGUUUAUGCUGUAUUCCAGGUAUUUGAUUGGAUGGAGAGUAAACUCUCAUGCAAUGUGAUUGGUCUGGCGUAUCCCUGGCCGUGUCAUGACUGUGUUCGUGCCGUGAAUUUUUCACAGUCAUGCGAAAAUUGUACUAAACAUGUACAGUACACAUGUGUGUUUAUUAUUAUUAUUAUGUAUGUUAUAAACUAUUCUGCGUUGCUAUUUUUUGAAUACCACUGGAAUUAUACAGUCAAUUCAAAAAAUGUUGUCGUCAACCAACUCAAGUCUACGCGACUGGACCGAAAGGAACUCUGGGUAGCAAUCAUUGAAGCCGAGUUGACUCCAUAAUUUUAUCUGUCUAGUUAU